AUGGAAGGCUGCUGGGCACUUAGGUUCGCUUUGCUGGCGCUUCUGGGCGCACCAACAGGUGGUACACAGCCAUCCAUUUUUCCACCAGAAUCUCGUUUGGUUGUGAAUAGCGGGCAAGAACUUAAGCUGACAUGUACUGAUAAUAGCCCGGUGAGCUGGGACUUUUACAGUGCUGACCCAUCAGUGAAGCUAAAGACGUUCAAAAAUAAGGAAUUGCGUGUUGUUAAAGCAGGACCUACUGACACAGGAACCUAUAUAUGCAAGAACAAAAAAAACUUGAACAGCUCCAUUUAUGUUUUUGUUAAAGAUCCAAAGGUUCUGUUCUUUCAUAAGACCACAAUAUUUGGAAGGGAAGACAGUGAUGCUCUUAUUGUGUGCCCAGUGACAGAUCCAGAUGUUACAAAUUUCACUUUGAAAAGAUGUCAUUUCAAACCUCUGCCUGCAAAUAUGACAUUAGUCCCUGAUCCUCAGAAAGGAAUCACCAUAAAAAAUGUACAGAGAUCAUUUCUAGGUUGUUACUGGUGUGUGGCACAACAAGAUGGAGUUGAAAAAAAGUCAAAAGAUAUAACACUUAUUGUGAGAGCAGUUCACAAAUCCCUGCCAUCCAUCACCUUAUCCAAAACGAACCAGCUUCUCAAAGAAGGUGAAGAAUUUGAAGUUACAUGUACAAUCAGGGAUAUAGAUAGCACUCUGCAAGCUUAUUGGAUUUUUCAAGGCAAUGCGAUUCUUUCCAGCAAAAGCAAGAAUAUGCGUGAUUAUGAAUAUGAACGAAAAUUAACACUGAGCAUCCGUUCAGUGGGAGUUAAUGAUUCUGGAGCAUUCACGUGCCAAGGAACCAAUGCUUUUGGAACAGCCAAUGUCACUCUAACCUUGAAAGUAAUAGGUAAAGGAUAUGUCAAUUUAUCAACCUCAACAAAUACAACACUGUAUGUCAAUGACGGAGAAAAUCUGGGUUUGGUAGUAAUGUAUGAAGCGUAUCCCAAGCCAGAAGAGGAAGUGUGGAUGUACAUGAAUGAAACACUACAAAAUUCAUCUGAUCAUUAUGUGAGAGUCACAAAUAUAGACAAAAACAGAUAUUCCAGUGAGCUUCACCUUACACGGCUAAAGGAAACAGAAGGAGGUCUUUAUACAUUUUUUAUGUCCAAUUCAGAUGCCAACUCUUCUAUAACAUUUAAUGUCUAUGUAAACACCAAACCAGAGAUUGUCACUUCAGAAAGACUUAGCAAUGGCAUGCUGCUCUGUGUGGCAACUGGGUAUCCUGCUCCUACUAUAAACUGGUAUGUUUGCCCAGCCACUGAGCAAAGGUGUCCAGAUUCACCAAAUGUUUCUCCAGCGGAUGUAAAAACCAAAUAUAAAGAUUCAGCGUUUUCUUCUUUUGGAAAGAUAAUAGUUGAAAGUACCGUUGAUACCAGCAUGUUCAAGAACAAUAGCACAAUCACAUGUGAGGCUUCCAAUACUGUUGAUAGACGUUCAGCUUUCUUUAACUUUGCAAUUAAAGAACAAGAAAAUAGUCGCAGCCUUUUCACACCAUUGUUAAUUGGCUUUGGUGUAGCAGCAGGACUGAUGUGUGUUAUAGUCAUAGUCCUUAUUUAUAAGUAUCUCCAGAAACCCAAGUAUGAGGUUCAGUGGAAAGUGGUGGAUGAAAUAAAUGGAAACAACUACGUAUACAUAGAUCCAACACAGCUUCCAUAUGAUGACAAAUGGGAAUUUCCAAGAAACUGUCUCAGUUUUGGCAAGACUCUAGGAGCUGGAGCUUUUGGGAAAGUUGUUGAAGCAACUGCCUAUGGCCUGUUCAAACCUGACGGGGCAAUUAGAGUGGCAGUGAAAAUGCUCAAGCCCAGUGCCCAUUUCACUGAAAAAGAAGCCUUGAUGUCAGAACUGAAGGUGCUGAGUUACCUUGGCAAUCACAUUAAUAUUGUGAAUCUGCUUGGAGCCUGUACUGUCGGAGGUCCUACUCUAGUCAUCACUGAAUAUUGCUGCUAUGGUGACCUUUUGAAUUUCCUAAGGAGGAAACGGGAUUCCUUUAUUUGCCCGAGGCCUGAAGAAACUGCUGUUUACAAGAACAUUCUCUAUCAAAAAGAACACAUGUAUGAUGCCACCAAUGAAUACAUGGACAUGAAGCCAGGAGUUUCUCAGGUCAUCCAUGCCAAACCCACUAAAAGACUAGGAUCAUCGGCUAAUCAGGAUGUCACUGUUGCCAUCUUAGAAGAUGAUGAACUGGCCCUGGAUAUUGAAGAUCUAUUAAGUUUUUCUUAUCAGGUGGCAAAGGGGAUGAGCUUUCUGUCAUCUAAAAAUUGCAUUCAUCGAGACCUGGCAGCAAGGAAUAUAUUACUUACUCAUGGACGGAUAACAAAAAUCUGUGACUUUGGCCUUGCAAGAGAUAUCAGGAAUGACUCGAAUUAUGUAGUCAAAGGGAAUGCACGACUUCCUGUCAAGUGGAUGGCACCUGAGAGUAUUUUUGAAUGUGUGUACACCUUUGAGAGUGAUGUUUGGUCAUACGGAAUUCUGCUUUGGGAACUUUUCUCUUUAGGAAGCAGUCCCUAUCCCGGAAUGCCUGUGGAUUCCAAGUUCUAUAAAAACAUUAAGGAAGGAUACAGAAUGUUUAGUCCGGAAUUUGCACCUGCGGAAAUCUUUAAGAUAAUGAAGAGCUGUUGGGAUGCUGAUCCUGUAAAGAGGCCAACCUUUAAGCAAAUUGUGCAACUGAUUGAACAGCAGAUUUCCAAUACCACAAAUCAUAUUUACUCAAAUGUUUCAAGUGGCAUUUGUGGUCAAGGAAAUACUACAGAUCACUCAGUAAGAAUUAACUCAGUGGGUAGCAGUGCUUCAUCUACUCAGCCCCUACUCACGCAUGAAGAUGUUUGAAAAUAGACUCAACCAAUCUUGCUGCAGAAUGUACUGUUUCAGAAUGACAACCUGUUGUCCUAAUGGUAGUAGGAGGACUGCAGUACUUGCUAUGUGUUGUUUUAUUUCUAAUCACAUACAAAAUUAGACUGCCCAUGACAGUUAAACCAUUGUUAACACUGUUUGCUAGAAUCUGUAUAAUUGCUAUGUUAUAGGCAUUUGUAGUGUAGAAUCAGAUUUGGGAGUGGGAAAUAGCAUUUUAAAAAAUGGGUAUGGGGUUAUUUUUUAAAAAAGCAUCAUAAACAAGGUAUCAAGAUCUGAGCCCAGAAAGUUGAUGUAUUGAGUGUGGAAAAGGAUAAAGGCAAAUAUUUGAGCAAUUUCUAUUAUUUCCCGAACUUUAAAAUGUUAGAAGUGCAAGCAAAAACUGACAUUCUGAAUCCAAGAGCAGGGAUGUAACACUUGUUUGAGAAAUAAACCUUGAGUGAACAUCAGAGCUUAUGGGCCACUUUCUAGCAUAAAGUUGAGGAACUUAUAGCUGUGAAGCAAGCUCCUAGUCACGGAUGGUAAGAUGGUAACCUUAUAUCUUCUGGAGGACUACAGAUUCCCGACCUUUGAGCUAGGGGACUGAAAACUGCCAGUUCUACCUUGCUUAUCCCUUAGUUCAGUAUUUCCACAUUUUCUACUCUAGGCAGAAAAUAGAUAAUGUGAGAGAGACAAAAGAGAGUUUACAUGGUUCAUUUUUCUCUACAGGGUUCAUAUUCUUACACAUGUAUUUUCUGUAUUUGAUAGUGUUUACUCGUUGCUUUUUUGUCUGUGUAUCUGUUUAGGGCUGCUGUAUCUGGCUGGCAAGUAUCAGGUGAACCACAAGAUGUGAGCAAAGAGUUCAAGCGUUUUCUGUAUCUGUUUGCUGCCAUUUAGUGGUUGUUCAGAAUUUGUAGCUCAGAUACAGUAGUCCUGAUUGUUUCCCACAGUGAUAUUGGGAAUAAAAAAUAGACUGUCAUAUGGUGGUUUCCGGGUUAGCAAAAUACCUUCGUCGGUAAGAGUGUGUAAGAAAAUGUAACAUCUAAUCCAUUUCCUAGUCUGGUGAAGACAUAUGUCUAUUUGUGUUUCAAAACAGAUAGUCAUAUAUUUCUUUGUGUAGCUCUUGUAGAUUGAACAGGUAUGAGCGAAAAGAUGGUUUACUUGUUAAAUUUGUGUAUAUGUAUGACUGUGUGUAUUUAAAUCAGUCAAAUGGUUUUGUUAAUCUCCACAAAAAUUGUCAGGAGUGCAUUUUCCUAUACUUUGAAAACUUACUAGAGGUAAACCAUUUCUUAAUUACAUCUGGGAAAAUCUUAUUUAUCUGUGUUACUGUGUAUUUGGGGAUGUCAGCAUUGAUAUCCCCAAAAUAAUAACUAAUUUUCAUGAUAAAAUCGAACAGAGUAUUAGUAGGUAAAUAGCAGUUGAUUAUUUCAAAAGCCAGUUGUACUAUUCAAUGGUUAUAUAUGCCCAUUGUUUUUUUUUCCUGAAAGUGCAUCUUUCUGUUAAAUGUAAAAUAUCUAGAAAAGACUUCUAAAUCAGUCUUCUACAAAUUCUAAAGUAUUUAUUUAUUUAGAAUGCACUAGCCCUCUCAACAUCCUGUUAUUUACAUUUAAUGUGUUGUUACAUUUACAUAUGUUUCUGUUAGAAGUAAUUAUUUGCCCUAUUGCAAUGUUAUUAAAUAGUUCUCCAAAUGCAAGAUAAUUAAAAUGCACUCCUAAAGUCCUCCUCAGCUUAAAUGCCAUUAGCCUUUGCUCUGUAAUCUGAUCUAUAAUUAAGUUUUCUUCUAUGUUGUUUAGGGUUACAGCUACAAAAGUGUGUCAGCCAGUUUUAUAGACAUUUGCACUGGAGAUGUUAUGCUGUUGCUCCUUUCUAAAUUUUCCCAGGAUUUGGGGGAGUGGCUUGGUCCAAGUGGCGUAUGUGCAGGGAAUUCCCAUUCUCUUCUGUGAAGGGAACACGCUUCAUAUGAGUACUAGGUGUCUCCUUGCAAUAUGCAGCUGAUCUUCCUAUUCUGAGAAUGGGGAAGCCUCUGCAUACACAAAGUGUAUGUGUGUACAUCAAAACCCUGCAUAUUCAGUGGAGUCAUUGGAUUGACCAUUCCUGCUGAGGGGACUAGGAGAGCUAAGCCUCCACCUCAUCUAAAUGGCACCAGACCGGAGAAGGCUGUCAUUAGCCCUGUUUCACAUUCAGUACACAUAAAAGGCAUAUGGUGGUCAACAGCUGAGAGUUUCCAAUCCAUAAGAGGGUGUGUGAAAGGGACUCUCCUCCUUAUGUUAACUCAACACUCUUAGGCUUGGAAAUGUAUGAUUGGAAACCUUGCACCCAUAGAUUU